CCAGCGUAGCGUCGCACAUUGUUUUUCAUAGGUUUGAUUGCUACCUGAUUCGGAUCAUUUUUGAAGAGAUCACACUGGUGGACAACUUGGUCGGUUUCACAGUCGACCAUCUGGUAGUAUCACCAAACGCCACCGAGCCAAAUGGACAGACUCCCCGCGGAGCUUCAUGUAGCUAUCUGUCGAGAUCUGUCUUCGGGUGACAUGGCGUCUUUGGCGCUAUGCUCCCACAGUCAUGCCGCACUCGUUCGACCCCUUCUCUACGAGCACAUUGCAAUGUGGGGGGCAGAAAAACUUCGACGAUACAGGUAUCAAAAUCGAGGCGUACAGUAUAAUCACCAGUCUACUCGUUUCUUCGCUUUAGUGACCACGAUCGUGUCAAGGCCGUCAUUCUUCGGCCCUUUCGUCAAGUCCAUCAGCGAUAGUUGUUUCCAUUGGUCGUCCGAGUCUGAACUUGGCGAAUUGGCUCUCUUCUUUCAAUCCAUGACCAACCUCCACUCUCUGCGCUUGUGGUUUGGCAAUCCCGCACCCAGUUCGGAGUUCAUUUCACAAAUAUAUUCCAGUACAACCUCACCUUCCUUGGUGGAGCUUCAUUUUCGUGACACACCGGCUGUUCCCUCCAUUUUCGAUUUUCUGCGCUCUCAUCCGAAUCUUUCGGUUCUGCGCCUAGGUACCGUGUCUCUCGGUCUUGACCAUCGCAAUGGCCAGGAUGAAUCUGAACAACGAUCCGAGCCUGUUCCCCCGCUAGCUCAGUUGCGACAUCUCACGUCCCUCGAGCUGAAAGUCGGACGUGGUGCGCUCACCUUUAGCACCGAGUUGCUUGUGGCGUCUACCCAUAUUGAACAACUAUCGAUUACCUACUCUGAAUCUUCAUCGGGACAAGGGAGCGACUCCGUCCCCAAUCAUCUCAAAUCCUUCAAUGCCUGCGGCGCCAAACUCAACCACCUCAUCAUCGAAAACACGCCGCACCAAUGUUCUCAGUCCUUUUCAUGGGUCAUUUCCAACAUCCUGCCUAGAACGCCAGGCCUUCGUAUUCUCGAGCUCCGCCAACCGCAAGGCACAGACCACAUUGAUUCUAUCCAUCCACAACAAGUCAUCCGCAGUGACUCCUUGAGGUCCGCAGAGUCGGGCGUCAUCCCGGUGUUUCCGAAAAUUUUGGAGACGUUGAGGUGGCUCGGUGCAGAGGCACACUUUCCUUCGGUGCAAAGCGGCCUUUCGCCCGUCGGAGCAUCGAAUGCCAUAGCGCUGUUUGAGCUCUUUCCGUCGUUGAAGGUGGUGGAAUAUCACGAGAGGGGAUAUGUGUUCAUUUUUAGGAGGUUGGAGGACGGUGUGAUCAAGCGCCAGACCGUGAGGGGCAUACCUCCUACUGACCUGGGUAUCGCUCCCUGGUACCGGACCUAA